CCAAUGUAUACAAAUUUUGAUUAUUUUGGCGGCACCACAACGCUUUUGGAUUAAUUACACAGUUAUGUAUACAUAAACUACAAUACAGGGAGUGGGAAGUGAAUCUCUGCAUACUGAAGAUGAUUCACUAGAAAGUCAACAAUAACAAAAGUCAACAUGGAUACCUCUAAAUCCCCUAGUGUUGAGACACAUGGAAGGCGUUCAAGUCUCGUAAAAAGUAUGGAUGAUAUGCGGAAACAUAUUUCCAAGUUAAAAGCUGAACUCGAUGCUUCACGUGCCAAAAACCGCAAACUGCAAAAAGAUCAGGGCGUAGAGCUUGAGAAGCUAAGACUGCAAAUUGAGGAUGAAAAAGCAAAAGAAAUAGAUAAGAUAUCUCUCAAGUUGUUAUCAGAGAAACAUACCCAGCUUGCAAAGUUGAGAGAAACUUUGACUCAGGAAAAGGAUUUGGAGUUACGUCAAGUGUUGCGUUUAAAAGAUGAUGAAAUUGUUAAACUUAAAGAUCAGUUUGAAACUGAGAAAGAGGAGGCCAUUGAUAUUGCCAUUGAUCUUUAUAAAAAUCAAUCCAGUCAUGAACAUCAUGUUACGACACAAGCAAACCACCAGGCUAAUGCUAUGCAACUAGAACAACUACUGUUAGAACUCAGAGACCUUCGGAAUCAAAAAUCUGACAUUGAAAAACAAUAUAAACUAAAGUGUGUUGCUGAUAAUGAAAAAGCAACAGAAAUACGCAAAAUGAAGAAAGAACAUGAACUCGAAAUCAAUCGAAUAAUCAGAGAAUCCAAACGCGAGUCAAUUCGGGAAAUGAAGCAAUUAAAAGAUACGGAAAAGGCUUUAGCUGCAAAGGAUCAGCAGUUACGACGUAAAAGUUUAACGGAGGAAUUGGGUGAAAAACUUUCAUUUAUUGAUCGACGAAACCCCAGAUCUUCAACCCCUCUCAGUGGCAGAAGUAGAUCAUCGAGUAUUGAAGCCUUGGACCAAGAGGCAUCCUUCACAAGUAAAAAACCAGAAGAUCGUGAGCUGGAACAGCGAAAGAUUCGAGAGUUAAAUACGCAACUGUCACGACUUGAAAAGAGAAUCUCUGGACUGCGGGCAGAAAAUGAGGCUCUUAAACGAAAGGAGGAUGAAACAAAACCUGCUGAAGAAAAAAUAAAAAAGUUGAAAAAACGCAAUGCGGAAUUGGCGUCGAUUGCACGACGGCUUGAAGAGAAAGCAAAACAGCUUCAACAGGAUAGUAUUCGGCGUCCAAAGGAGGGGAACUCCCAAGAUGCUGACCAUGUGAAAAAAGUUUUUGCUCGCCAGAGAGCCAAAGAUUUAGCGGAGCAUGCUAAGAAUAUUCUCGCUAAAGAUAAAGAAAUCGAAGAUCUUAAAGACCAGUGCCAAAACCUGACUGAAGAGCUCAGCAAUAAAAGCAAUCAUUUAGAGAAUGGCCAUGUUUAUGAAGAAAAAUCUGAGCUUGAGUCUAUUAUCAAACAGGCUGCCAAAGAACGAUUACGUCUUGAACGUCAAGUACAAUUACUACCUCCAUCCAGAAGAGCUUCCCUAAAUGUGUCUUUAGAAAAAACCCACAACGAAGAUGAUGUCACAAAAAUCCACUUACUUGAGGAAAAAAAUCAAACUUUACAGUCAGAUAUAUCAAAACUUGAGUCUUCCAUCGAAGAAAAAGUUGUGUUGCAGCUUGAUCUUGAACGAGUGAAAUCACGACUACAUCAAUUAGAAAAAUAUGAACUCGAAGCAACUCAAAAGCGAAUAGAAUGUGAGAGUUUGAAAACUGAAAUAGAAAACCAAAAGACAAAAUGUGCAAAACUAGAAUUUAAAUCCCAACAAACAAUAGAAGAAAGCAGAAAAACCCAAAAUGAAUUAGAAGCUCAAAGAACUAAAUGUCUUGAAAUAGAAAAAGAAUUAGGAAAUGUGUCCUUAGCAAACCAGGAUUUAACAUCACAAAAUGCUGAUCUCUUGGAAAAAAUACAAGAACUGGAAAAG